AUGUCGUCCUUCAGCCCGACACAAAUCUUCGAGGACGGAACCACCGAGGAGAAGGGAGAGAAUGCCCGUCUCUCCGCAUUCGUGGGCGCCAUCGCAGUUGGCGACCUCGUGAAGAGCACCCUCGGCCCCAAGGGUAUGGACAAGAUUCUGCAGUCUGCCUCGACCGGCGAGAUUAUGGUCACGAACGACGGUGCCACCAUCCUCAAGUCUAUUGCCCUCGACAACGCGGCCGCGAAGGUCCUCGUCAACAUCUCCAAGGUUCAGGAUGACGAAGUCGGUGACGGCACCACCUCCGUCGCUGUCCUCGCCGCGGAGCUCCUCCGUGAAGCUGAGAAGCUCGUCGACAAGAAGAUCCACCCCCAGACCAUCAUUGAGGGUUACAGAAUAGCCAGCCAGGCUGCCCUAAAGGCCCUGAACGAGCUUGCCGUCGACCGCAGCAACAACCCCGAGGCCUUCAGAAAAGACAUGCAGGCCAUCGCCCGUACCACCCUUAGCUCCAAGGUCCUCGCCCAGGACCGCGACCACUUCUCCAAGCUCGCCACCGACGCCGUGCUCCGACUCAAGAACUCAUCCGACUUGAGCCACAUCCAGAUUAUCAAGAAGGCCGGCGGCAAGCUGAGCGACUCCUACCUCGACGAGGGGUUUAUUCUCGAUAAGAAGAUUGGUGUCAACCAGCCCAAGCGUUUGGAGAAGGCCAAGAUUCUCGUUGCCAACACAUCGAUGGACACGGACAAGAUCAAGAUCUUUGGCGCUCGUGUCAAGGUCGGAUCCACCAGCAAGCUGGCUGAUCUCGAGAAGGCGGAGAAGGAGAAGAUGAAGGCCAAGGUCGAGAAGAUCAAGGCGCACGGUAUCAACUGCUUCAUCAACAGACAACUCAUCUACAACUGGCCCGAGCAGCUCUUCACGGACGCGGGCAUCAUGUCAAUCGAGCACGCCGACUUUGACGGUAUUGAGAGACUGGCUUUGGUCACGGGCGGUGAGAUUGCUUCUACUUUCGACCACCCCGAGCAGGUCAAGUUGGGAUCGUGUGAUGUGAUCGAGGAGGUCAUUAUUGGCGAGGACACUCUGAUCAAGUUCUCCGGUGUCGCUGCGGGCGAGGCUUGCACGAUUGUGCUGCGUGGUGCUACGGAUCAGCUCCUGGACGAGGCUGAGCGCAGUCUGCACGAUGCGCUGGCCGUCCUGUCACAGACGGUGAAGGAGCCCUGGACCACUCUUGGCGGUGGAUGUGCUGAGAUGAACAUGGCCAAGGCCGUCGAGGGCGCCGCUACCCGCGUUGAGGGCAAGAAGCAGAUGGCCGUCAGCAGCUUCGCUGUUGCUCUGCGCCAGCUUCCCACCAUCCUGGCUGACAACGCCGGUCUUGACUCUGGCGAGCUUGUCGCCCGUUUGAGGAAGGCUAUCUAUGACGGCAUGACGAAUUACGGACUCGACCUGCUGACGCCCAGCGGUGGUAUUGCCGACAUGCGCGACCUGGGUGUCGUCGAGAGCUACAAGCUGAAGAGAGCGGUUGUUUCUUCUGCCAGCGAAGCAGCAGAGCUUCUUCUCCGUGUAGACGAUAUUAUUCGCGCUGCCCCUAGACAAAGGCAGCGGGCUUAA